CUCAUCCACUCCUUAUGUUAGGGGAAGUUGGUGAAUAUGGCUCCGCCCCAAAUUACCGAGAUCCUUGAAGAUAUGGCCCUUAGGGGGGUAUGAUUGGGGGUUGACUAGAAGUUGAAGAAGAAGCAAUGAAAGGGGAGUGCGAAGCAUGGGAGCGAGUGCUCCGCUUGAGGCAAAGUUGAAUAAGUUGCUUGAGGUUAUGCUUGAAGAUUAUAGGCAAGGAAAACGGGCGGUAAUGUCGUGCGACUGGUGCUCGAGUACUAGCCACGAGAUAGCGGAGUGCCAAGCAAUGAAGGAGGCAACCACUCCGGAGGAGCAAGUCAACUUUGUGGCAAAUGCUAGGGUCAACAACCCAUAUAGCAAUACUUAUAACCCCGGAUGGAGGAACCACCCCAACUUUGAUUGGGCAUCACCGGCUAAUCCAAGGACCCUGGGUUUCCAAGGCCCCACGGGGAACUUCCAACCUCGGCCAACCUUCAUCCAACAAAGGCCCCAACUCCAAGGCUCAAAAUUUCAACAACUGUACCAACCACAAGGUGCCCUAGGGUUUCAAUAACAACAUCAACCCGACAAGUUAUCCAAGCUUGAGGACCUAGUGAACACCUUUGCGAGUACGAGUAGCCAAAAGUUCGAGAAGAUUGAGCAAUUUAUGGAUGUGGCGACUACUAAUUUUACCUCAGCUGAGGCGGGUCUCCGAAUCCAUCAAGCGAGUCUUCAAAGCUUGGAAGUGAAAAUCGGCAACCUUGCUGGUAUCCUCACCGAGAGACCCAAGGGAGCUUUACCUUCCUAAACUGUGGUGAACCCCAAGGAUCAAGCCGGGGUGAAUUCACUUCUAGUGAGGAGUGUGAAGGUGGCUCCGGAGGUCGCCACGGGAGAAGAAAUAUAUAAGGAAGAGUCCAACAAGGAAGAGACCACCCCAAAAAGAAGAGAGAAGAAGCCCUCGACGAAUGAGAGGAAGGUGGCAAGGAAGGCAUUCCCGGAGGAUGGAUAGGUGCCACCUCUUCCUUAUCCCACAAGGAUGUACAAGGAGAGGUUGGACAACGAGUGUGGAGGGUUCAUGGAAAUGCUACACAACCUCCACCUCAACGUCCUAUUCCUCGAAGCCAUGGCGCAAAUUCCGAGAUAUGCUAAGUACCUCAAAGAAUUCCUCAUCAAGAAGCCAAUACUGGAAGGCCUCGCCAAUGCGACUCUUGGCGAGGAGUGUUCGGCUUUCCUCCUCGAUCGCUUUCCCAAAAAGAGGUCCGACCCAGGUAGCUUUACUAUCCCUCUUGAUAUUAGUGAUCACCAUUUAGACAAUGCCUUGGCGGACCUAGGAGCUAGUGUGAAUGUGAUGCCCUAUAAGCUUUUCAAAAAGUUAGAAGUAGGUGAACUUAAGACCUCUAAGCUUAGCAUCAUCUUAGCCGACCGUUCAGACAUUAGCUCGAGAGGUAUAGUGGAGGACAUGAUGGUGAGAGUGGGCAAGUUUUUCUAUCCGACCGAUUUUGUGAUUCUCGACAUAAGUGAGGACUCGGAUAUGCCCCUCAUCCUCGGUCGUCUGUUUCUUGCAACCGCCAAGGCAUUGAUAGAUGUUUAUGAGGGAACCCUAAUUUUGAGGGAUGGUAAGGAGAGAAUCAAGCUUAAAAUUGAUCCUAGGGUGAGGAUUGAUGAAGUGAAGGGGCUAGUCUCAAAUGAUGUGAAUGAGAGUGGAGGAGAGCCUCCUAAUGCAAACCCCACUAUUACUUGUGUUGUCUUUGAUGAUGUUAAGAAGGAAGUUAAGAAGGGUCCUAAGUCAAAAGGACCAAGAUUGAAUUCUUGGAGAAGAAGGAUGAAGGGAGCUUUGACCCGGAAGAUGGGGGAGCCCGGAGCAAGGUUGGUCAACCAAGAGGGCCAACUCAAUGAGCCUAAGAUGGGAGGCUACAGGCCUCACCCCGAGAGUGUAGCGGAUCCGCUCUCGGUGGCAUCACGUAUGAAGUCGUGAUUGAUCCCCAACUGUCAAGCUAAUGAUGAUAAACAAGCGCUUGUUGGGAGGCAAACCAACAGAGGUUUGUUUUCUUUUUCUUAGUUUUCGUUUUAGUGUCUUGUGAAGGGUUUGAGCGGUGAAGUGGUGUCCCCGUGCCGAGUGUUGUGUUUUUGCGGUUUAUGGUUGUGUUGUGAUCGAUUAGGAGGCACGGAGGAAUAGGUUGAGUCAAAAUUUUUGCAAAAGUGCCCUGAUUUCACUUCAGUUCACGGUCUAUAAGACCGUGAACAGGCGAACGCGUUCGUGAACUGGGCGCUGAUGCACGUUCACCACCUGUCAACCACUCCGUGUUCAUGGACGCAUUUGCGAGAACGCCUCCAUGAACUCAGAGCUCUGCCUAUAAAAGGGGCGUGAACGG